GGCGGGAGGCGGGCGCCGGGUGCGUGUGGCGUUCAGUCCCGGAGGCCUCGGCCUGACGCCGGCCACGCAGCGGCGGGAGAGAGCGCCCCGGAGCGGCGGCGUCCUGGAGACCCCGGAGAGAUGGAAGCGGCGGCGCCGGCGGCGGCCGAGGCGGCUGGGCGCGAGGAGCUCGAUAUGGAUGUAAUGAGGCCCUUAAUAAAUGAGCAGAAUUUCGAUGGGACAUCAGACGAGGAAGAUGAGCAAGAACUCCUGCCUGUUCAGAAGCAUUACCAGCUUGAUGAUCAAGGGGGCAUUUCGUUUGUACAGACUCUGAUGCAUCUCCUUAAAGGAAAUAUUGGAACUGGCCUUUUAGGACUUCCACUGGCAAUAAAAAAUGCAGGCAUAGUGCUUGGACCGAUCAGCCUUGUGUUUAUAGGAAUUAUUUCUGUUCACUGUAUGCACAUUUUGGUACGUUGCAGUCACUUUCUAUGUCAGAGGUUUAAAAAGUCAACAUUAGGUUAUAGUGACACUGUGAGUUUUGCUAUGGAAGUAAGUCCUUGGAGUUGUCUUCAGAAGCAGGCAGCCUGGGGACGGAGUGUGGUUGACUUUUUUCUGGUGAUAACACAGCUGGGAUUCUGUAGUGUUUAUAUUGUCUUCUUAGCUGAAAAUGUGAAACAGGUUCACGAAGGGCUCCUGGAGAGCAGAGUGUUUGUUUUGAAUAGUACCAAUUCGUCAGCUCCAUGUGAGAGACGAACUGUUGACCUACGGAUAUAUAUGCUUUGCUUUCUUCCGUUUAUAAUUCUUUUGGUCUUCAUUCGUGAGCUCAAGAAUCUGUUUGUGCUUUCAUUCCUUGCCAACGUAUCCAUGGCCGUCAGUCUUGUGAUAAUUUAUCAAUACGUUAUUAGGAAUAUGCCAGAUCCUCACAACCUUCCUAUAGUGGCUGGUUGGAAAAAAUACCCUCUCUUUUUUGGUACUGCUGUAUUUGCUUUUGAAGGCAUAGGAGUGGUCCUUCCACUGGAAAAUCAAAUGAAAGAGUCAAAGCGCUUCCCCCAAGCAUUGAAUAUUGGCAUGGGAAUUGUCACAGCUCUGUAUGUAACAUUGGCUACCUUAGGAUAUAUGUGUUUCCGUGAUGAAAUCAAAGGCAGCAUAACUUUAAAUCUUCCCCAAGAUGUAUGGUUAUAUCAAUCGGUGAAAAUCCUGUAUUCCUUCGGCAUCUUUGUGACAUAUUCAAUUCAGUUCUAUGUUCCAGCAGAAAUAAUCAUCCCUGUGAUCACAUCCAAAUUUCAUGCUAAAUGGAAGCAAAUCUGUGAAUUUGCAGUAAGGUCCUUCUUGGUUACUAUUACUUGUGCUGGUGCAAUUCUGAUUCCUCGCUUAGACAUUGUGAUUUCCUUCGUCGGAGCCGUGAGCAGCAGCACGCUGGCCCUGAUCCUGCCGCCUUUGGUGGAAAUUCUUACAUUUUCUAAGGAGCACUACAAUAUAUGGAUGAUCCUGAAAAACAUUUCUAUCGCCUUCACUGGAGUUGUUGGUUUCUUGUUAGGUACAUACGUAACUGUGGAAGAAAUUAUUUAUCCUACUCCCAAAGUGACAGCUGGCACUCCACAAAAUCCCUCACUAAAUUUGAAUUCAACAUGCUUUACAUCUGGUUUGAAAUAGUAGUAGCAGAACUGUGAGUCUUCAACUUUUGUUUCUAGUCUGAAAAUGAUUAAAAUAAGAACUAGUAGAAUACAUUGCCACAUACUUAUAAAUAGAACCAAACCGUUUUCUUUUGGCACCAGAUUGAUAUUUUGGCAGUAAAUUGUACUUCUUUACCAGUGCUGAUAAACUACAACAGAUUCUUGGUUUUAAGUAUUACCGGCAAUUUAAAAAAGCUUAGUUUUGAAAGUGUAAAAAAUUAAAAUGUUAAAAAGUUAAAGAGUAAAAA